UCAAUGUUAGUUUAUUAAAUAGAGGAUGAAAAAUGAACUAAAUAUAUAGGGGAAAAUAUAAUUAUGUGUUUCAUCUCCCAACCCGUGACCUGGCACAAAAUAUUUUGAUCUAAAUUCCAAAACGAAACACUGAAUCCCCAACAACUCCAGAGCUUCGAAAUCUCCGCUUUUGCUUGAUUGAUAUUGAGAUUCCCAAUCUUCAACGGAGAAACAGCGAUGGUGGCGUGUGCCAACGUCGGCGUCCUCGGCUUACUCUUCGCUUUCAUGUGUCUUCUGCGGAGGAGCGACGCCAUAUGGCUGAGUUUGCCGGCAUCUGGCACAAAGUGCGUUUCUGAAGAAAUCCAGAGCAACGUCGUCGUUUUGGCCGAUUAUGUCGUCAUUUCCGAUGACCACGUCCAUGCCAGCCCUACCAUUUCCGCUAAGGUGACUUCACCUUAUGGCAAUAACCUCCACCACAAGGAAAAUGUCACACACGGCCAAUUUGCAUUUACAACUACUGAGGGUGGGAAUUAUUUGGCUUGUUUUUGGCGGGAGAGCCUUAAUGCAGGUGGUGGCGAUUUAAGUAUCAAUAUUGAUUGGAAGACGGGUAUUGAUGCCAAGGAUUGGGAUUCAGUUGCAAGAAAAGAAAAAAUUGAGGGUAUUGAGCUUGAGCUAAGAAAGCUUGAAGGAGCAGUUGAGGCCAUCCAUGAAAAUCUUUUAUAUCUUAAAACCAGAGAAGCCGAGAUGAGAAUUGUAAGUGAAACAACAAAUGCUCGCGUGGCUUGGUACAGUUUGAUGUCACUGGCAGUCUGCAUUCUGGUUUCAGCUGCCCAAAUAUGGCGUCUAAAACGAUUUUUCCAAAAGAAAAAGCUGAUUUAGUGAGAGGGAAAAGAAAACACUAGAUCAUGGACCUUGUAUUUUAUCUUUCAUCUGUUCAACUCGUAGAACUUUUUGCUCUGCAUAACGAAGUUUUCAUCUGGAAUCAAAGAUGUGUUGCUUUUAUUGUGUGAAA